AUGAGUGAAUUCAGCAUAUCCGUUUACCUUUGGGGUGAAACAGGUAAACCGAGUUUAGUGUCCCCAGAGAGUAUUGCACUCUUUUGGUUUUUGAACAGUUACUAUGGGGAUUACAAGUCAAUAGAGGUAGUGUUUGCCAAUAAUACAGAUCUUUCCCCUAAUGAAGAGUUACCACUUCUCGUGGAAAAUGGUAAGAAAUGGUCGGGAUUUGUUGAUAUAGUUAGCUAUUUGAUGGAAAAGAUGCAAAAUAAUGAUGAUGUGGAAACUACACUCUUGAAAGAUGGCUUAUUAGAGUUUACUGGUGAAUUGAGUGUGCUCACAGAGUACCAGAUGUAUUUGAAUAAAAUCAACUAUGAAACUUUUACUCGUAAGGCGUUUUCUCAGCUGUUGCACUGGCCUAUGUGGUAUAAUACUCCGAUGAAUUAUAGAACUAGAGCAAGACAGAGAUGUUCAAACACCUUGGGAUAUUUGAUGCACGAUGAUGAUCCCGAUAGUUUAGAAUCGCUCGAAUUAGAAUCUACACGUUUACCACAGUCUAAGGCAUUCCAAGCGACUCAAGAUCGUAAGAUGCGCAGUAAAGAGGAAUUGCAGAACGUUAAACACAAUUUACAAUAUUUGACAAGACUUAAGGAUUAUCUAAGGACGUGGUCACAGGUUAGGAAUAGUAUCCCCCACCAAAAUGAUACAAUUCCAGCGGACUUUCUAUUGUGGGCUAAUCUGUUCGUACAGUUAAAUCUACCAGACGGCGAGAAGGUAGGUCAGCAGGUUAAGGAUGCGGUUAAUGACGACUUUCACCAGCUUGUUCAAAGUAAGAUUGAUCAACUGUCAUCUUUGGAACCUCGGGUGUUCCAAAGGGACCCCAUUUUCCAAGAACAAGGCAACGUCAUCAUGUCAAUAUAUCACUACGUGCAUAAAUUCGUUUAA